AUGGCAGUCGAAACCAAACCUCAAAUACUUGUUGUGGAAUCCUGGGCUGCACAAGAGCACAAAGGGGGGUCAGAGGAGCUGGGAGUUGAAUACCCAGUCUCCAAGGACUCCGACCUUCCUUUGCUCCUGCAAGAGUUUCCAGAAGGUGGUCUUGCCGCUUGGUCCACUGCUUUUGGAGCGUUUCUCAUAAUGUUCUGCACUUGGGGUUACACCGCUUCAUUUGGUGUCUAUGAAGACUUCUAUACUCGGCAUUACCUCACAAAUGAGACAUCAUUUGCUAUUUCAUCCAUCGGGAGCUUGACAGGGUUUUUAGGCAGCGCUGGGGGUAUUAUAUCAGGCUCACUCUAUGAUCGAGGUUAUUUUUACCAUCUUGUCAUUACCGGAUCGCUUCUGCAGAGUUUCUCUCUUUUCAUGCUGUCAUUGGCAAAGCCACAUCAGUACUUCCAGAUAAUUCUUACUCAAGGCUUAGGCUCAGGUAUCGCGGUAGGGUUGCUGCACGUCCCGGGCUUGGCUGUCGUCUCGCAUCAUUUCAGACAGAAACGCACGCUGGUGAUGACAUUCGUUACUUUGGGCUCAUCGUCCGGUUCUCUCGUCUAUCCGAUUAUGCUCAAUAACCUCCUGAAUGGACACCUUGGCUUUGCCAAUGGCGUGCGUGCAAGUGCAGGGUUGACCAGUAUGCUCCUUUUGAUUGCAUGCUUGUGUGUGCGAACCCGCCUUGAUCCGCCGACGACCCCAGUGAACUAUAUUGCGACAGCUAGAAAAUGCUUUCGUUAUGUUCCGUUUCUUUUCGCGAUAUCAGGGGCGUUUAUAUUCAAGAUUGGCUUUUACUACCCAACAUAUUUCCUCCAACUCGACUCUAUCAAACACGGCAUCAACAUCACUUUUUCAUUUUACACUCUUGCGAUUUUAAAUGCGUCCAGUUGUGCGGGACGAAUUACAUCAGGGUAUAUCGCAGCGUUUACAGGAGUACUAAACUUAACCAUGAUUGCGGCAAUUUCGUGCGGAUCGGUAAUUCUGGGCAUGAUGGGAUUGCGCACCCUGGCCAGCGUCGCUAUUCUUGGUGCAUUUUAUGGCUAUUUUUCAGGGGUGUAUACCGCGAUGGAGGGUCCACUCGUGGCUACCCUAGCACGCAACCCCUCUGAACUUGGCGGGUGGAUGGGCAUCUAUUUCUUUCUCGAUGCAUUCGGAAGUUUACUUGGACCACCUAUAUUUGGUGUUCUGUUCACAUCGCAUUUUAUUUGGUGGAAACCCGCUCUGUUCGCUGGGAUCGCUUCACUGACUGGUGGCGCGAUGUACGCUUUCAUGCGGCUCGUUUAUACCAGAUUGCAGAAGAAUGAAUCCUAA